AUGUACAUACAUGCUCGUACAUAUGUGCGUACUUAGUGAACGUACGCAUUGUUGAUCUCACGUUGUGUUCUCUUUCUGUAAUGUACAACGUAUGUCCCCGUGUUUAUAAUAUCAUCGUCAUCUUCGACAAUCUAUUUUUUUAACCAAUUAACGUUCGCGCAAGCACGCGUAAUAUUACGCUACUUAUUGCACAUAUGCACGAGUGUGUAAUACAUACCUAGAUACACAAUUAGUUACUAAUUCAUACAUACGUAUGAAGAUUUGAUAAAACAUGUAUUGUAGGCGUACAAAUUGCCUUUAAUAAAGAUUUAUUUGAAUUAUAAAUCAAAAUCAUUUGUAAUUUUGGAAUAAUAGACAAGACAUGCAAAACUUUCGAUUUUCUCUUCAUUUCUGUUUUCAUAAUGUAAAAUUUAAUGCAAGUGAUAUUUGAGAUUCUUAUUCCUUCAAUAAUAUGCAACGUUUAUGUUAGCGAAUUUUUAUCACAGGAUUGAUGGGAGCUCAAUAUGUCUUCAAAUACAGCAUGUUUUGGAAGGCAUCCUCGAGAAAUGAAUCGAGUUUCGUUAUUAAAAUCAGAGACUAGAUCGAAGCAUGAUAAAUGUUGGUGUACAGGUGCACAUAGCAUGUCUGAGUCUUAUAAAAUUUGUGGAGACUACAUAGAUCCAACAAAUCAUGGCUGUACAGACAGAAAUCAUUUAUUAUAUCAUAAAGAUAAAGCACAUUUAAAAAAUGAAGCAAAUGAUUGUCUAAUAUAUAACAAAUGUGAUGUUAAAAUGUGCUCCAUUUGUCAGUGUUCAUUAGAAAAGGAAGUUACAUGUUUUACGUGUAAAUGUGAAAUAAGGCAAAGUGAUUGUUGUGAUUUAACGAAGAAUUGUUUGUGCACGUGCAGCUAUUUUAACUUGUUAAAUAGAUCUUCUGUAACAAGAGAUUAUUCUGAUUAUAGUUUAGGUUUAUCAGUUGCACAAUCAACAGAUAUUAAAUGGAAGAGCCAUACUUGGAGGACAAUUUUUAUAAUUAUUAUUGGCAUGUUAUGUACAAAUAUCUGUAAUGCAGAUCCCAGUCAGUGCGCAGUUGGUUUAAAAACUCCUGGAUGGACUUGGCCACAAGGUGACAUUGUUCUUGAAUAUGGUCAAUCUUUGAAAAUUCUUUGUAUAUUAAAUAAGACAUAUAUAGACACUGCAUUUCCUGGAAAAAAUUCUUCUGAUCUAAUAUUCUUUCGCAAUAUGAAAGAAAUGGAACCAGAAUAUAUUACUAUUAUCAAUGAAACUACAAUAUCAAUGUAUGUAGAAAAACCACCACCUGCAGAAGAUAUGUAUUAUUGUAAAUUGAAAUUAUCUAAUGAUCAUAAUAAACAACAUGAAGCAGUUUGUUUGAAUAAAGUUGUUAUUGGUUUUAAACCCCAAGAACCGCAAAACUUCAGUUGUAUAUCUUACAAUUGGGAAAAUAUGAUUUGCUCCUGGGAUCCGGUGCAAAAUUAUGUUACUACAAGAUUUACCUUAGUAUUUAAGUUACCUGGAAGAGCAGGAGGCCGGAAGUUAUAUCCUUGUCCGAAACAAAAUAAACCAAAUACUUGUUUAUGGGAUGCAUCUACAAAUCCAAUAUACAGACAACCAUAUGAGUAUUACACAUUUAUAUUAAAUAUAGAAAAUGUACUGGGAAAUAUAAGUGUAUCAUAUAAAUUUCAUCAUUUUGCUCAUGUUAUACCAGCAAAACCAGCAAAUUUAUCAGUAAUUAAUAAAACAUCAGAUAGUGCAAUCUUGCAUUGGAGUGUGCCAUUUCCAAUGCAAAAUUUUCCUCCUGGUUUACAUCACAGAAUCACCUAUCAAAAUCAAUGGGAUCAUCAAAAGUCUUGGCAGAUAAUCAAUAUUACAAAUGAAAUACACAUGCCCAAAAGAUAUUACAAUCUUACUGGAUUGAAAUAUGCUAAUACUGGUUAUGAUGUCCGUGUUUUUAUGAAAAGUGCUCUAGCAGUAGGAGAAGAUAAAUGGAGUAAAUUCAGUGAUAUUACGUUUAGAACACCAGCAAGAUUGCCUGCAUUACCACCACGUACUGAUAUUGGAAGUUUUGAAAUAGCAGAGAAUAAUAUUAACAGAGAUAUAUAUUUAUAUUGGCAAGCUAUACCUCAAUAUUUGGAAAAUGGUGAUAAUUUUAAAUAUCAAAUUGAUUAUGUAGAAGAAAGUGGACGAAAAUUAGCUCUUAUACCAAAUGAGACAACCAGAACAUAUGCAAAAUUCAAAGGGAUAAGUUUCAAUAGUUAUCGCUUCGAAAUUGUUGCAGCAAAUAUAAUUGGUAUGAGUAAAGAGAGAUCUAAAAUAUUUGUACCAAGCAAAUUUGAAAUUCCACGUGAACCAGUAGCAUUUACUAAAAUCGCAUUCGACGGAGGUUUAUAUGAAUUAUCAUGGAAACCACCUAGUAUGAAUACAGAAAUUACAAAUUACACUAUAUUUUGGUGUGAUAAUGAGCGCGAUCGACCUUAUCAAUGCACUGGUUAUUUGGAUUGGGUCCAUGUAUCAAAGAAUACUACAAUUUAUAAUAUGACUGUACCUGACGCAAAAAAAGUGUAUCAGUUUGCAAUUUCGGCAAAUACAAAAAAAGGAAGUAGUGGAAUGGUUUGGGCAUCAUGUACAGUAAUUCAUAAUAAAGUUGUAGGCAAAAUGAAAUCUGUGUGGAUAAAUCGUAUUGGCUCUGAUUUUAUCGAAGUUGGAUGGAAAUUGGAUUGUUCCGAUCGUAUUGGCAUUGUAGAAGGAUUUAAUAUUUAUUAUUGUCCAAUAAUGUCUCCAUUUAAUCUCAAUUGUAAAGGUUCUAAAUUAAAUACUACCAUUAAAGCAGAUCCUCAUACAAUACAUGGCAUAGUAAAUAACUUAAAACCUUAUACUACAUAUAUGUUGGCUGUGGCUGUAUUAACAAAAAGUGGAGAAGGUUUACAUAGUGAUCCUUUAUACAAUACAACUCUUGAAGCUGCACCAAGUACACCGCCAAAGGAUGUUACAAUCGUUAACGUUACAAAUACAACAAUGUUUAUAACGUGGAAACCACCUGAUGCGAUGAAUGGUGUACUUCGAUAUUAUGAAGUUUAUUAUAAUGGUCGUGCACAAAAAGUUGAAGAAGCUAAUCAUAUAGAAUUAAAGGAGCUUUUAGCGUACAAAAAUUAUAGCGUUAAUGUUGCUGCUUGUACUGUGUCUUGUAGCGUAAAAUCUCCAACAAUUUAUAAAGUCACGGAAAUAGGCGUACCCGGAAAAAUUCAUGUACCAAAUGUACGAUUUAUGAAUUCGAGUCAAGUAAUUGUCAUAUGGUCUAAACCACAGAAUUCAGCUGGUCAUUUAGAUUAUUAUGAAAUAUUUUCUAGUGAUGGUGAAAUUCAAAAUAGUACAAAGACUGACGCCCAGUUGCCAAUUCCUGAUUGUAAAACUGUAGGUAGAGAAAGACUUUACCAAUUUCGUGUAAGAGCUGUUAAUAUAGCUCCAGAUAACACUUAUCUAAAAGGACCUUGGUCAGAUCCUGGAGAAGGAAACUGCUACAGUGAUGGACCAUCAUUUAAAGUAUGGGUAGUUAUAUGGGUGAUUGGUAGUCUGAGUGGUGUAGCUUUCCUUUUUUGUCUUGCAUAUACGUCUAAGAGGAUGUGGCUGAAGUGUAAGGCUAUGCAAGAUGUUGAAGUCAAAUUACCACCAGGACUUGCACCAAAUAUGAAACUGCUUCAAAAAGGGGGAGAGCAACAUAUACGACAAUCCUCUGCUGAUUCAAGCGGAUGUUCAAGUGGACAAGAGUCUGUUACAUCUUCUCUUACAUCAGAUUCACAAGUUUCUAGUGAUAGUGGAACAGAAAUAGAUCCAAUACCAGUCUCACCUAACAAAUUGCUUGAAACUUUACCAGCUUGGGAAUCAUCUAGUCUUCGCCAGAGAAAUGUUGGUGUCACUAGACCUGUACUAGUAACAGAAACUGCUCGUUGGGAUUCUUAUGUAAAGGUGGCAAAAUCUGGAGAACCAAUAAUAGGAGAUACAUCAUCUUUAGCAAGAUCAACUCCUAAUUUAACUGAUAGUACAGGUUACACUACUUCUCAACAUACAUGGUCAUCAACAGGAUAUAUUAGUAUGCCUUCAUCUGAAGAAUUAUCAAGUAAUCCAAGUUUGGUUCCCAAGGAACCUUUCAAUGCUGGCUGUUACAGUAUAAUUGAUGGAAUUCCUAAACCUAUGAGAUCUAAAUCAGAAGAAAAUGCAGAAAUGACUGAAACUGUUGGCAUUAAAACAGAGAACAAACUCGUUAAUCCAUAUAUAACUUUGGCAUCUCUAGAACAGAAAGGAAAAGAUAAGAAAGUUACAGAUUCAUUCCAUGACCUUGACGAUAUAACAUUUACAGAACGAAAUAAAUUAAAAUCCGAAACUAUAACGCCACUUUCCGUUUCAGAUAAAACUUCUAAACCGUAUGUACAAACAGGUAUAAUAGAUACACUGAAAAAACCAUUUAAUUUAACCAAUACAGAUUCUAAGAGAAGUAUGGUAUCUACUCCUUUUGCUUCAACAUCUUUAACAGAUUCUUGUAAUAAACCGUUCGUUUCUUCUUUUAUAAGUCCAACCACGUUAACACAAACUUUGAUUGAUUCAUCAUCAAAGCCAUAUGUUACCGUGUCAUCAAUACCUGAAAUAACAAAAAAGUCAAGUGCCGUAACUAGUUCAUUGGAUUCCUCACAAAAAUCAUGUAUUCCACAUAGUACCACAGAUGGAACAUCAAAACCAUAUGUUCUAGCAACAUCUGUUUUUCACAUGCUACAACAGCAAAGAGAAAAAACAGAAACUUCCAAUUCAGAAAUACAUGAAGGUGAAAGUGAUGAUUCUCCAACAUCAUCUCCUUUAUACUGGCAGUCAGGUGGAAAUCUGAAACCAAGCAUAGGAUUGGAUACUGAUAAAAUGGUGCCUGUUAAUAAUAAAAGCUCUGGAUAUGUAACCAUUGCAGAAAAUCCAAAAUUAGAUCAACAAAUACCAUCUACAACAUCGUCAUCUUAUACACAACAUGAUAGAUUUGAUAAGCCACUGCCACAAACUAUUGGUCAGUCAUCAGACGAACAAUAUUGUAAAGUGACAGUUGUGCCAAGUACAAUGCAAUGAGAAGAAGUAAAUUAACUUUUGAUGGUUAUAGAAUUUAUACUUUAUGUUAAUAAGACUUCCUUUAUAGUGAAGAUAAAACAUAAUGAAUCAUGUGGUGCAAUAAAACGAUGUGUCCGUAGGUGCUUGAAGAAUGCAGUUAAACAUAGUUCAUCUAUGAUUUAAAAAAUGUAAUCAUUUUAAUGAGGGCCUUGGACAUUAUAUCCUGUAAAAUAUAGAUGUACAUAAUGAUGUAUUGACAUGAGCUUUUUUUUUUACAUUAUUUUGUGCAUCUAUUCAAGUGUUCUGCAAACUAUAAUCAAGGUUGGCACUUAAGGAAGCAUCUUUUAAAUUUGCAUCAAAUAUGAAGUUGAGGAUAAUGUUAUAUCGUGAUAUUGUAAAUGACGCGAUAUAAGUGAUUCAUGGAUAUAUUAAAUACUAAGUGCCCUCACUUGUGAAAGUAUGUACAAAAUGUAUUACGUUUGUAUCAUAUAUUUUGUGAUGAAAGGGUCCUUUAUAAUAUUAUAGUAAUAAGAAUAAAUUAAGUAAAUUAUGUGGCAUAUAUCUAUCGAUAGACAGCUUAUUGUUGUCAAAAUAAUCAAAUUGUUAUUUAAACAUCGAUACAUUAUGAUAAGUGUGAUUCUCGAGAGAUGAUUGUUUUGUCUUUACAAAUUUCGCAACAAAUUCUUCAUCAUAUUAUUAACAUUAAUUAGUAUAUUUUAAAAGACUAUAAAUUUUAACAACAAAUUUAUUUUGAUGUUACAUGAAAUUAACUGGACAUAAUUAAUCACAGAUUUAUAUUAUCCUUCUUAUGGAUAGCAAUGUGCAUACUAAUAUUCUUCUUGAAACUAUAUUUCAACAAAUAUUGAGGCAAAUAAUACUAUAAAAUAUGUUUACUUAUUCCUCAACAGUGCAAUCAUAUAUAGAGAUUUUAAUUGAGUAAAAUUUAACAAUUCUUUGUUCAUAUUAUUGUCCAUCAAACAAAUUAAAACUUGUAUUACAUGCUAUUUGCAUAUGCAAAUUGUUCAAUUGUAAAUAUUAUUUUUAUUGUUUUUCUAUAGUAUUUUAUUAUCAUUAAUAGCAUUUUGCAAAGUUAACGAAAAAGAAAAUAAAUAAAUAUCUUAUAUAAAUUAAAACUAAUUCAGAAUAAAAAAAAAAUCAAUUAUACACUGUUAAUCAUAAAAAGAACAUUUAGUAGAGAUUUUAUAAAUUAUAUAGCAAGUGAUAAGAACACUAUUCUAACAAAGUUUUGAAUAAUGCAAUGCCAUUAAAACAGUCAUAAAAAACGAGCAAGAAUAUAUGUAUGCAUAGUUUAAGCUAGUCAUUGACAGAGUACGCGAGUUUUUACAACCAGGCCUUUUUUAUGUCAUUGUAUAUAUUAUUGCAUUUUAAGAAAAAUUAGAAUUCUCUAUAUAUAUUUUUCUUUAUGCAAUAUAUAUAAAAUUGUACAAUUUUGCAGAAUUAUUAUUAUAUAAAUACUUUCAGAAUUUAUAUU